CAAUGGCUGAGAAGAAGAUGGAAUACGUCAAACACUUCAGCAUCAAGCUUACGUCGCACAGCCUGGGCAAGUCUGGCCUCAAGGUGUCCCGCAUCAUUCUGGGGGCCAUGAGCUACGGAAGUUCAGAAUGGCAACCUUGGGUCCUGAACGAGGAGGAAAGUCUGCCGCUUCUCGAGCACGCAUACAGGUGCGGUAUUAACACCUGGGACACGGCCGACAUCUACUCCCACGGCCAAUCAGAGCGUAUCAUUGGCAAAGCCCUCAAGAAAUACAACAUCCCGCGCAGCAAGGUCGUUCUCCUCUCCAAAUGCUACUUCGGUGUUGACGAAUCCAACCUCGGUCGCCCCAUUGCGCUCUCAUCGAUCAACGACGGCGAGACAGUCAAUGAAGUCGGCCUGAGUCGCAAGCACAUCUUCGAUGCUGUGGAGAAGAGCGUGGAGAGGCUAGGCACAUACAUUGAUGUCCUCCAGAUCCAUCGCCUGGACCGAAGCACACCGAGGGAGGAGAUCAUGAAGGCCCUGAACGAUGUCAUCGAAAAGGGCUGGGUUCGAUAUAUCGGUGCGAGCUCCAUGGCAGCAUGGGAGUUUCAGACCCUCCAGAACAUUGCUGAGAAGCACGGCUGGCACAAGUUUGUAUCGAUGCAGAACUACUACAACUUGCUGUACCGUGAAGAAGAGCGCGAGAUGAUCCCUUACUGUCAAGACACGGGCGUCGGACUCGUUCCGUGGUCGCCUAUUGCACGCGGCGCUCUCACACGGCCCUUUGCAGACCGCUCCUCUAAGCGCGCCGAAACCGACAAAUUCGUCUCUGCACUUGUAUACGAGCGUGAAUUUGCUUCUGACAAGAAGAUCAUCGAACGCGUGGAGGAGGUCGCUAAGAAGCACAGUGUAAGCAUGGCUUGCAUCGCCACGGCUUGGUGUGUCAAGAAGGGAGUGUGUCCCAUCAUUGGCAUCAGCAGCAAGGAGAGGAUCGAGGAGGCUGUACAGAAUGUACACUUCAAACUAAGUGACGAAGAUGCCAAGUACCUCGAGGAGUCCUACGUACCCAAGGAAAGGCAAGGCUUCUAG